AUGCAACCCUCCGCAGCAAUGGAUCUGCGCGACUCAUUUGGGGACCGGAAGAUUCCUGACAUCUCGCGAAAGAUCACGGCAUGUGUUCUGUGCCGCAAGCUGAAGAUAAAAUGUCACAUGAAUAACGAUAAACCCCCUUGCAAUCGCUGCAAAUCUCGUGGGCUGUCAUGUACUGUCAAUAAGAGUCUCCAGAUGCUACUGGAAAAUGAUGUUUUAUGGAAGGAGAAAAUGGAAGGCCGGAUGAGCAGACUCGAGCAGUCCAUCAUUCAAAGCACGAACCAGCCUCCUAGAAUUACUGCCGGGAAUGCCGCUCCAUGGCAGCAGCCGUUAAGCAUCGAUAAUGCCGAAACAGAGAGAGUCAACAUCCAAACUAAUCCACAAAACAACAAUAUCUCUGGCACGAUUACAUUGAAUCUGUCAUGCAGUCUUGGAGCAUUCCCAGCAUCAUCAAUGGUCAGCCUAACACCAAGCGACAUGACGAAUUCAGGUCAAACCCCGGAUCCAAUAUCCCGCGAAAUCAUAUCACAAGAAACAGCAGAGAAUAUGUUCGCGUACUAUAAAAGGACCCUUGAUCCCUGUAUACACCAUAUCCUCGACGAGAAUGAGACCUUGACUGUGAUCCGCACUCGCUCUCCUCUCCUUACAACUGCAGUCACCACCGUGGCCGCCUUCUGCAAUGGCUCCAAGAACUACAACGCUCUUCUUGAGUUAUUCAAAAACCAAGUGUCCGCAAAAAUGUUCUCAAAUAAUCGUUCAUUCGACGAUGUCCGCGCUCUAUGCAUUGGAGCUCUAUGGCUCAACGAAGUAUCCACCGCGCUGAAUAGUCUAGCCGUCCGCAUAGCUGCAGAACUAGAUCUACACAGAUGCAUCACCAAAAUGCCACAUACAAAAAGAGCCUGCUACGACCGCACCAGACUCUACUGGCUCGUCUAUAUAUGCGACCAUCACUGCUCCCUCAUCCACGGUCGACCGCCCCUAACACGAGAUUUCCAAUCACUACGAAGACCACGCGAUUUCCUACAGAGCUACUUCACCACCCCGUCUGACCUGACGAUGAUCAGCCAGGUGGAGUUGUGGUCCAUCAGCAGCCGUGUCUUCGACAUGUUCGGCGCGGAUAUCGAAUGUCACGUUGCUGCACAACGACCGGAUGAGCUCGCUCGGUUGAGUAUUGCCUAUAAUCGAUGGCGCGAGGAGUGGCUCGGUAUGCUUUCCUUCACGAAUUCGCCGGCAGGGUUCUCACGUCGCGUCUUCGAUCUUCAUUAUUAUUCUGCGACAUUAUACCUCUUUUCGCAUGUUUUCCGAGGAUCGCAGUCACAAUCACAGUCGCACGCCACCAAACUUCCUACUGGAUCUGAUACAAACGCGAAUACCUUCGUCAACGGCGCGAUACGAAGCGCUUUUGCAAUAAUCCGCUGUAUAGUGGACGUGGACGACAACAACAAAAGUCUAUGGCUAGAGAUGCUCCCACCAUACAUUGGAACGAUGGUCGCAUUUGCUUGCGUCUGCUUGGUGAGGGUGUCACGUCAGCAGACACCCCUGGCGUGUGAUAUGCACGACGAAGAUAUCCCCGGUUAUCUCCAUCGACUGGUCCAGGUACUCCGUUUAUCACCGGUGAUGGAUCAACCUGCUCAUCCUUUGGUGAGUAUUACUCGGAGCUUGGAGACUGCGACUACCACAGCUGGACAGGAGUUUAGUCAUGAUCCAUCGACGUGGAAUGAGAUCCGGGACUUGGACUUGGACUUGGAUUUGGGUGUUUUCGACAUCUUUACGAGUGAUUCGUUUAAUGGUUGUAUUGAUAAUCACGGCGCUUCUUUUUCGGGGUUGUAA